AAAAUGUCAACAAAAAGUGCACGAGUGCACUUGUUUUAUUUCAUUGUAUGCGGGUAGUUCCAAGAGCACAUAACACGUAUUACCUUCAUCCAAGGCAGUUCAUCCUAGAUUAUACACAGUAUGGCCUUCAUGUCACCUACCAUAAUGAGGAACAAUUCAUUGAAGACUAUGGUCAGAUACUACACCAGAAAGGUUGUAGAGCAACAGAACAGUUGAAUGCUGUAAUAGUCAAAAUCUACAAUGAAAUAGAUAGGAGAAAAAAUCUUGGAAAAGCUGCUUUGGAAAGGAUUGCAAUCAUUAAGAGCUCUUACAAACCUUUACAUGAAGAUGUUUAUACAUUAAAGGAAAAAUAUCUCUCCAACGAAUUCCUAAAACUGGUAAGACACUGCAAGGCAACUGGUUCUACUGAACACACCGUGAAACAGUUCAUGAACACUGAAAAAGCAGAGAGCGUGUUUUCUAUGCAGGUGUUUACUAUGGACUUCUGCAAGGUGUUUAUAGAAGAGAUGGAACAUUUUGAAAAAUUUGAUUUUCCAAAGGGAAGACCAAACACUAUGAAUAAUUAUGGGAUCUUACUAAAUGAACUAGGAUUUGAUGAGAAUUUUAUGAAGAUUUUCCGGUCAAAUUAUAUUGAGCCAAUCGCUAAACUUCUUUACCCAGAAUGCACUGGAACUUCUCUCGAUACUCAUAAGGCAUUCAUCGUCAAAUACAAACCAGAAGAAGAUACAUCAUUAAGCUUCCAUUACGACAAUGCGGAGGUUACACUAAAUAUAAACCUUGGAAAAGAUUUUCAAGAUGGACAACUAUAUUUUGGUAAAAUGAGACAGCAUAACACAGAAACUCAAAAAUAUUCAAUUAUCAAAAACAAACCAACAAUUGGGAUACUCCAUAGGGGGCAGCACAUGCAUGGUGCGCUGCCGAUUUCUGACGGAGAACGAUAUAAUCUGAUAAUAUGGAUGAGAUCAUCUAAAGUGAGGAAUGAACUGUGUCCUAUGUGCGAUAGAAAACCAGAAUUAUUACAUUGUGAGGGGCGUCAUGAUGGAUUCACUUCUAGUUCUUACCCUGACGUUAAAACUGUAGAUGUUUGUUCAACAAGUUAG